GGACUAGGAGGGAGAGUUGCAAGGCAGAAAUGGGGUUUUUAUCCUCUGUAUUUUGCACAUAGUACCAGUGUUUAGGAUGGGCUGCUUUGUCAGGAAAAGCUGGUACCAAGGAACAGAUUACAAAACCGUAUCUUUUUUUCUGUUGUCAGAGGAAAGGAAGAUUUGAGUUUGCAGCCUUCAGCUGAGAAUAAGUUUGUGUUUUAGCUUUCCCCAGGUGUCUUAGAGGGAUGGAGGGAGCUGAUUUUGUGCUCUCGGAAUGUGUUGAUGCCUGCUGAAAGCGCAUCUGAACUUGUAUCAGUCUAAAGAAGGGAGCUAUUUAUUAAGAGAUAAGAGUCUAAAACAUUUUUUUCUUCUAGACUAGAAGGUUCAUUCGAAUGAAUGGUCAUUGGGUAAUUCUAGCCAUGAAAAUAAAGCCUGUUACCAAAACAGUGGUCAAAUUAUAAUUCCAGAGUGGAUGCAUGAGGUGAUUUGAGAGCAAGAAGGAAGAAGAGAGGACCAAAGCUUUUCCAAAAAUGAAGAGAAUGCUGAUUUCACAGCAAAUCUUUUAAUUAAGCAUGGGAUAUGGAAAACAGCAGAAAAACUUCUUCUAGUGCUUCAGUCUCAUCUGAAAUUCUGUAGCAGUUCCUCCUUUUCUGAAACGUGUACUUGAACACUCGUUGGAUAUUGUCUGGAUGAGAAUUCGAAAGAGCAUGAUCUGCUUGGAAAUUGAAGAGUGUUUGCACAAAGGAUUCUCCUCCCCGCCCUUUUAAGUUUCUGGGCAUGUGUCUUAUAAGCAGUAUAAUGGCAGAAUUUUAAGCCAGUUUGAGAAUCUCUCGUCUUUUAGUAGAACCUGAGGCUCGUGUGCUUCUGAGCUGCUGUGGAUGGCCCUGGCUCUCUUGACCACCCUUCCAAGUAGGAUGUCACUGAGAUCCCUCAAAUGGAGCCUCCUGCUGUUGUCACUGCUGAGUUUCCUUGUGAUGUGGUACCUCAGCCUGCCCCACUACAACGUGAUAGAACGUGUAAACUGGAUGUACUUCUACGAGUAUGAGCCCAUUUAUAGACAAGACUUCCGCUUCACUCUUCGAGAGCAUUCAAACUGCUCUCACCAAAACCCAUUUCUUGUCAUCCUGGUGACCUCACACCCUUCAGAUGUGAAAGCCAGACAGGCCAUUAGAGUUACUUGGGGUGAAAAAAAAUCUUGGUGGGGAUAUGAGGUUCUUACCUUUUUCUUACUAGGCCAGCAGGCCGAAAAGGAAGACAAAAUGUUAGCAUUGUCCUUAGAGGAUGAACACCUUCUUUACGGUGACAUAAUACGUCAGGAUUUUUUAGACACCUAUAAUAAUCUGACCUUGAAAACAAUUAUGGCAUUCAGGUGGGUAACUGAAUUUUGCCCCAAUGCCAAGUACAUCAUGAAGACAGACACUGAUGUUUUCAUCAAUACUGGCAAUUUAGUGAAGUACCUUUUAAAUGUAAACCACUCAGAGAAGUUUUUCACAGGUUAUCCUCUAAUUGACAACUAUUCCUAUAGAGGAUUUUACCAGAAAGCCCAUAUUUCAUACCAGGAGUAUCCCUUCAAGGUGUUUCCUCCCUACUGCAGUGGGUUGGGUUAUAUAAUGUCCAGAGAUUUGGUGCCAAAAAUCUAUGAAAUGAUGAGUCACGUAAAACCCAUCAAGUUUGAAGAUGUUUAUGUUGGGAUCUGUUUGAAUUUAUUGAAAGUGGACAUCCAUAUUCCAGAAGACACAAACCUUUUCUUUUUAUAUAGGAUCCAUUUGGAUGUCUGUCAACUCAGACGUGUGAUUGCAGCUCAUGGCUUUUCUUCCAAGGAAAUUAUCACAUUUUGGCAGGUUAUGCUGAGGAAUACCACAUGCCAUUAUUAAUUUGACAAAAGCUUAGAGAAAGUCAGGGUACCCUGUGGAAAGUAUUAAAAUUACUUUAAAGUCUCCAGUGGAAAACUCAUGGGAAGGUCACCGUGUUGAUUUACACUGAACCAAGACUCAUGAAGUGCUUGUGGACUGGGGACUGGAGGGUUACACUUGAUUUAUUUAGAUGAAAAAACCAAGUCAGGCCCUUUAAAGGUGAUAAUAAGAGGAAUUAAACAUCUCAUAAAGGAAUUGGAGAUUUUUGUUAAUAAAACUAGUAGGACCAAACUAUUUGAACAUGUCAUUCUAGAAACUAGAACUUGUUAAAAGGGUUUCAUUGAAUUAUAAGCUCAUUAGCCCAUAACAACAAAGCAAUGUGGAGUCCUAUUUGUUGAACAGUCUAGUCAGAUAAAGGUUUUGUGUAUAUCUUACAUGGAUUACCAGUUUUUAAAAAUACAUAGUUCUGUGUAAAAAACUAAAGUUAACGCUGAGAAAAAUUUCAUCUGUUUUGGUCAUUCAGAAGGUACGUCAAGAUGUUACAGCAUUUCAAGGUUAUGAAUUACUGUUUAAUACUACUUAGGACUUUCUGGUGUUUAAAUGUUAUGGUUGUUUCAAUACUGUAUAAAGAGAAUAGUGAAUCACCCUUCACAUUGUAACUUUUUUCUGGUUACUUCACUGAUGAGCUUAUUAUUUGAUAGCUCCAUUAAUGUAAGGUCAUUGGUUGUUAUUGCAUAUCAGUAAUCUCGUAGACUUUGAUAAAUAUUUUACUGUGGUAAUGUAGAGAAGAAUUAAAACAAGAAGGUCUGAAUUAUUGUCUUGUUUUUAAAAUAUAUAACUCCCAAUGUUUUUAUGUCACUAUAUCUGUCUCAUUUUCCACUUGAAAAUUGGGAAUAAUAUAGAAUGCCAGGCAGCAUGUUUCCUUUUGGAAAGGACUCUGAAGACAAAAAAGAAAAGAGAGAACCCAACGGCUGGGAUAUUAUGAGUGUUGUUAUUAAUCUGAUCCGUGUGUGCUCAUUAACAAUCAAUUUGAGAAUAAAGAGGGAAAAAACA